GUAAAAAACAUAAAUAAUAAAUAUUCCAAUUUAAAAACAAAGCUUAAGUAAACUUGUUUCAAGUUUAAUUUGCAAAACUUUUUAUCGUAGAUCAUUAUUGUUUCUGCGUGUGAUAAAUAAUAGUAAAUACUCCAAGAUUAUUAUUAUAUUUUAACGGAAAUUUGGGACUCAGGUAGAGAGAUUUUGAAUCAAUGCGGGGCUAAGUGAACCCACCCUCCUAACCGGACGAAAUGGGGUCCCCUCCCUUAUAUAGGGGAUGUUAGGGUAGACAAAGGGUAGUCACCCUCGCGCGGAGGGGAGCUAAGGCCUUGGGCGACCGUUGGAAGGGAAGGGAUUACUAUUUCAAGAUCGGCAUUUCCCCUUUACACUAUAUUUUGCGGUGAAUGUGAGAAAGUUUAUAACUUCUGUGUUAUUUUAAAGAGUGUAUAAUACAAUAUUUGACAUCAUGGAAACCAAGGCGGCAGAUAUGAGAUCUGUGGAGGAAAUCAUUAAACGAAAUUUGAUGGCAAGGACGAAACUGGCGAAGAUAAUCCACGAAGCAGAUGGCACUGUGCGAUACGAGUGUGUGGAAUGUCCCGCGCAAUACUAUGACAAGGAGAAAUUGGAACUCCACCUCUGCAAGCACAAUGACGAGUAUAGAUAUCUCUGCGGCAUUUGUGGAACUGGGUUGAAGCGUAAGGAACACCUGGAGCGACAUACCCAGGAGCACCUGGAGGUUCGCCCCUACAGCUGCCACGUGUGCGGCAAAGCGUUCAAACGCAAGGAACAUCUCAACAUACAUCUUGCCAUACACAGUGGCGGGAAACCGCUCGAAUGUGAAGUCUGCCAAAAGACGUUCUACCGCAAAGAUCACUUACAAAAGCACAUGCUGACACAUAACAAGCACUUCCUGGGCGACAUGUUGGAGCGGCUGGCGGAGAGAGACGGUGUCACCAUCAAGCAAGAGAUAGAAGAAGAAGAAUUCCUCACACCCAUUAUUACCAGCGUCUCAGGAAGCGUUGGCGAUACUAAAAUUAAAAUGGAGAUUCCUGAUGUAAUGGAGGAUUCUGAAGGCGACCAGCCUAUCAGACCUGUGCCUGUGAUCAACGACAGCGUGUACCAAAAGAUGAGGCCGUACGUCUGUAACAUCUGCAACAAAAGAUACAAAAGACGAGAUCAUCUCAAAGUGCACAGCAAAACGCAUAUGAAAAAGACUAAAGUGUGCUCCGAGUGUGGAUUAGCAUUUCACUACGACGGCCAACUGUUGUCACAUAUAAACUCUGUGCACCUGCAAGCGUACCGGUUAGAGGGCGAUACUGACGGCAUCGCUAGACUGAAAAUCAUGCUCGGAGACAAGGCGCAACUACUCAUGGCGUCUGAUGGCACAGACCUACUGGUGCCGAGGGUGAAGAAAACGUCUGACGAAAGACCGCACGUGUGUCACAUCUGUAACCGCAAGUUCAAGAGGAAACAGCACCUGAAGGUGCACGGCAACGUCCACAUGAGGGUCUCACAGCCCACCAUAUGGUGCUCGCUUUGUAAUGAAGGUUUCUUCGCCAACGAUCAGUUCGAGCGACACAAGUGCACGCCUUGGGAGCGAGGCGAGUCGGGCAGCUCGGGCGAGUCGGGCGGAGGGCAGACCACGCACGAGGCCAAGAAAGAGAAUAUCUGCUCCCAGGACUAUGUCGAGGUGAUAGAAGAGCCUCAGGGUCAGGAGAACGGUAGCAUGGAAGAUCAGGAGUACCUAGAGCCGAGGCAGAGUAAUGACGAGGUGGGGGAUGUCGGUGAGACAGGGGAGAUGGGGGAUGUGGAGGAGAUGUGUCUGCCGGUGCCGCGGCGUGUGUACGUAUGCAAGUACUGCACCAAGCCAUUCAAACGGAAGGACCAUUUUAAAAUACACCUUCAUAUACAUACCGGUAUCAAGUCCUUCUUCUGUCCUGUUUGUGGGAAAGGAUUCUAUCGCAAGGAUCAUCUGCAGAAGCACACUCAGGUACACAGCAAGACUCGGCCUGCACGUAGACGUCUACCAGACCUCUACCCCAUCAGUAUGUUGAACAAGGAGGUCGUACCAGAGAUCACCAUACACGCACCAUCGAAUACUAAGCUCCGUGUACCGUUACAAAUUAAAGUACCAUAUCAGAUGGUGAUGUCAAUGGACAAUGGUGAACAACGAGCUAUCACCAUUGACCCGCAAGCCUCCACAAGAUUACAAUGAACUAUCACACUCAGAGAUAUAAAAUGGCAAUUAAGAAGGCACUUAGUAGAACAAAUAGUUAGACAAUUUUAUCAGAUAUUUAUGCGUUAUAACUACUAGUUUAUAUUAAACUGUUUACCCCAAAAGUGGUAAGCGCGAUAGUUUUAAAAUAAUAAUCAACUUUUUGUCAAACGUAUUUU